AGUGAUGGAAAGGAUGAAAAAUGUCUUUUCCGUGAGCAACUAACAUCCUCUGGAUAUACAAUGUUACAAUCCGCAUGGAGACAAAACUUAUUUCUUGGAUUUAACAGAAAAGGAAAUUUUCAAGAUCCGUCACAAAUCAGCACAAAAAGACGGUGUUUUUUAUUUACGAAAUUGUUGCGUGAAGUAAAAUCAACACGACUAACGUCCUGUUCAAAGUCAGAGAAGGAUGAUAAAACAGAACUGGAUCUCGAAUCGAAACGGCAGCGCUAUUUGUAUAAUGUUGUUCGGGAAUCGUUACUAAGUCGAAUUCGAGCUACGGCUUAGCAUAUUUAUACAAUGACGUCAUCUUGCUUUUCGUUGGUGAAAAAAAGAGACUUCCUGGAGAAAUCACAAAUAAUACGACGAUAUUCACAAUCUUAACAGUUGCAGAGCACUGGCUUGGAAAAUAUUGCAAAGAUUUUAAAAUUGUUACGAUGGACGAGAUAACGUUAAUGAUUAAAAAAUUAUGAAGCAGUUUCGAAUACUAAUCUUCACAUGUGGUAAAUUUAAUAAAC